GUUUGAUUAGGGUCUAGUUUUAGGUUAGGUUGAGGUUAGGUGAGGUUUAGGGUUAGGUUAGGGGCCACUUUCAUGGUCAGAUAAAGGGGAGGGAAACACACAUUUCACAGACAGACAGAAGAGGGGAAAUGAAUCCAUGACACAUCAGGUUAUUUUGGUCUGUGGGUUUUGUGUAAAACUGUGAUAAAGAACAAAAAAAAGGUUUCUCAGCAUCAAACCUACCGAUUAUGUUCCUAAUGGUGGAUUAUCCACUUUCUUCUUUUUCAUUCUGUAUCCUCAGCAGGGUGUGACACUGUGCCCACGCCAACUUAAUUGAAUUUAAAUCACAACGUUCUGGCUGUGGGUAAUAAAGUAUAAACCAGGGAUCUAUUUUAAUAUCUUGAGUGCCGUUGAGCCAUGAAGCAACGUGUAAUCAUUCGUAUACAACCUCUGCCGUCCGCACGCACACGACACCACGCUGGUGAAGGUCCACAUCCAGAACUCGACCACAUCCAGACUUGGACCACAUCCAGACCUGGACCCCCUCAGACCGGCUAUCGGAUCAGGGGUGGCUGUGGCCCGUGAGGACUAAUCUAAUACUUUGUGCAGUAAAAUAAACAAUGCUUUCUCAUCGCUGUGAGAUAUGAACCUUCUCUGUAUGGAUAUCGUAAAGUCCCCUCGGUCUCCUGCUGGAACCCCCCAUGUGUCACCUAAACAACUUUACUACCUUACUAGCAUCCACGUUUCUUAUGGCGUGAGUAAAACACUACCCUUGACCAUAGGCUGGGGGAACCCUAACCCUAACCCCCAUGGAAGAGGGAGACCCAACUCUGCCCUCCGGUGUCUCAGUGUGGUACUGCAUCUCACUCACAUUUGAUUAUAUUUUUGCACACAAAAUAGAGUGGCACAUAAAAAAGCUCUCGUUCAACUGACGCUGAUGUAUCCAGAAGUAUUAUUGCAUGUCAGGACAUUAAUAUGUUGGAUUCUGACCAAUAUCCUUCAAAAGUGCCACAUUGGUCUAUUGGUUGAUUGAUGAUGCUAAAGUGCCAGUAUUGGAAAUACAUCAAGAGUUAGAGACUUCAUGAUAGAGUUAUUCUUUUUGAAUAAGACGUUCGACACCAACACCCCACAAACAGACUCCAGAAGUUUUCUGAACCUCCUCAGCUUGAGUGGCUUCAAAACAGAAAGGGAAACUUAACUUAACCCUAACCCUUUAAAUCGACUACCACAAAGCGGCGGACUUGUGAUAAUGUUUCAACACAAAAGACAGAACAGAGGGAUCAGGUCGUCUACCCAGGACCCGAUCACAGGUCCAAACUCAAGACAAUACCUAAACCCGCUAUCUGCAGCUCCUCAGAAGACCAGUUCCUCACCAAAAAAACCCAAGACCAGGUCUAAACCAAAGACCGGGUCUAAACCAAAGACCAGGUCUAAACCAAAGACCAGGUCUAAAUCCAAGACCAGGUCUAAACCCAAGACCAGAUCCUAACCCAAGACCAGAUCCUAACCCAAGACAGGAGCAGCUUCACAGGAGAUCAGGAGGAUAGAAGGAAAGAGAGGAGAGAAGAGGUGGAGGAAGAAACAAACAGCAGGAGGGGCGGGGUCCAGCCGUAGUCAUGGUGACGACGCGGCACCCCCUCAUUAAAGACCAUGACAUCAGAGUGGGGCGGAGCCUCGGAGCCUGGACCUCUGUGGGAUGGAGAGGACCAGGGUAUAAAGACCUGCAGCCCAGAGGCCCAGGAAGCAGCAGCAGGAGGUCUGAGCAAAGACGUCUUCACACUCUAGGAUUUAACCCGGGACAGCAGCCUCCCGACCGCCCCUCUGUUCUCUGGAGCGUGAACCUAAGGUUUAGCGUCCCAUCAUGGAUCUCCGCGUUACCAGCGUUCUGUUCGUCCUGCUCGCUCUCGUCGCAGCGACCCCCGAUCGGCACUACCAACACGCCAGGGUCACCAAGAGCUACCCCGUCAAGGGCCACCAGGUUAAGGCCAUGCAGGUCAAGAGCCAGGUUGGUGCCCAGGGCCUUCCCGGUGAGCCAGGCCCCAUGGGCCCCUCUGGACCCCCUGGUGAGGCCGGCCACGGGUACCAGGGACCCGCCGGCCCCCCCGGCGCCCCCGGGAGCCCGGGCCGUUCUCAGGCUGGCAAACCCGGAACCCCCGGGAGCCCCGGGAAACCAGGAAGCAACGGGGCCCCAGGCCUCCAGGGUGAGCCCGGGUCCCACGGGGCCAUGGGCCCCCGAGGGUCGCCAGGGUCCUCCGGGAUCCCGGGACCCGCUGGGUUGACCGCCUCGGGCAAACCCGGCCCCCACGGCCUGCCUGGGUCCAAUGGGGCCCGUGGAGAGACCGGUCUGAAGGGACACCCCGGCAUCCCCGGCCUCCCCGGCCUGAAGGGAGAGAGAGGCCACGGGUCGGUCGGACCCCAGGGCGCCCCCGGCGCAGGAGGCCCUCAGGGGCCCUCCGGCAUGCCCGGCUUACCCGGAGUCGGCAAGCCCGGAGCCUCCGGGUACCCCGGCGAAUCAGGGAAGGGCGGCAGCCCGGGAAGAGACGGCGCCCCGGGAGCGAUGGGCAUGCAGGGGCCCAAGGGCCACACCGGGGCCCCCGGCAUGGGAGAGGUCGGCAAGCCUGGUCAGAACGGCUCGCCCGGUCUGCCAGGGUCCCACGGGCAGAAGGGGCCUCAGGGGCCCUCCGGACAGCCCGGCGCCCCCGGCAUUCCCGGUAACGGUAAACCAGGAACCCCCGGGAACCCGGGCAUCAGGGGGUCCCCCGGUACCUCCGGCACCACGGGACAGAAGGGAGAGCCCGGCCACACCGGGUACACAGGCCAGCCCGGCGGCCUCGGCGCCAUCGGCCCCGUCGGCCCCCAGGGGGCCAGAGGGUUCCAGGGAGAGACCGGCGCUGUGGGACCCAAGGGCGACCUCGGGUUGGUGGGCGAGCCAGGGUCCAAGGGGACCAAGGGCGACCAAGGUGCUCAGGGAUUCACAGGUAAGGCUGGAGCCCCAGGGCUGACUGGUCCAGGGGGAGCUACUGGUCACACUGGUCCCCAGGGCCCCAAAGGAGUCCAGGGACACGGCGGGUCCCCAGGCAGCCCCGGCUCCAACGGUGCCCCCGGGCCAAAGGGCCACACCGGACACUCCGGACCCCCUGGGAAGAGCGGCGAGAACGGAGCUCCAGGCGGCAGAGGGCUCGGCGGUCCUCCCGGCAUCACCGGCCCCGCCGGAGCCAAGGGCCACCCCGGCCACCCCGGCCAGCCCGGCCCCGCCGGCUUGACGGCUAAGGGGGUCAGCGGCCCCAUGGGGCCCCCUGGAAACACGGGAGCCCGUGGCCAUGACGGGCUCCCCGGAGCCGCCGGAAGGCCCGGCCCCCCCGGCCCCCCAGGAGAGAUGGCCUACCACCACGAGAAGGCCAUGCCCAUGAAGGCCGAGGAGUACGUGAUGCCCCACGAGAUGAAGGCCCCCAUGUCGGCCUUCAGCGCCGUGCUGACCACUGCCUACCCCACCGCCGGCCAGCCCAUCGCGUUCAACCAGGUGCUGUACAACGGGGAGAACCACUACGACGCCCACAGCGGGGUCUUCUCCUGCCAGGUGCCCGGUCUCUACUACUUCUCCUACCACAUGCACGUGAACGGCGCCAACGCCCUGGUGGCGCUCUACCACAACGAGGAGCCCGUCCUCUUCUCCUACGACGAGUACAACAAGGGCUUCCUGGACCAGCUGUCCGGCAGCACCGUGCUGCAGCUGCAGGUCCACGACCGGGUCUUCAUCCAGGUCCCGGACGAGGAGAGCAACGGCGUGUUCGCGGCGGACAACGUGCACUGCUCCUUCUCCGGGUUCCUGAUCGCCUCCACGUGAUUCCCCCCUCCCUGACCUCCACCAACCUCGACGGGUGAGGAGCUGCUCCGUGGAACAGCUCGGUCCAAAAUAGGAGGGAAAAAUGCAUUUGGAAUUCUUGAAAAAAAUAUCUAAUAUGGCUAAAAUUUGACCAAAAAUUAACCUGUUUCCGGUGGUUCAUAUUGUUCCUGUAUCCCCGAGUAGAGAUUGGGCCAGAGCGAGUUUAGGAAUAACCAAUCAGAAGAUCAGAAUAGAAAUGGUGCUCUCCAACUUCCUGUAACAUUUACAGCAAACCUUUAAGUGUAUGUUAUUGUAUGUCGUCAAAAUGUUGUACCUGUAAUUGACAUGGAAAUAAAUGUGCUGUAUUUGAGACUGA